AAGCGUUCAGUGGCCAUGUGGCAACUGUGACUUUCAAUUUUCAAUAACCAAUUAUGAUAUUACUAAUCAAUCAGACAAUGUCUUGGAUCUUUCCCUUCGUAUUCAAAUCAUAAAUCAGUUACUCAGCAUCAUCUUCUUCAGCACUUUCUCUCUCUAGAGUUUGAAGUACAGAACAGUGAUUCAUGGCGUUCUCUGUGAGACUAGAGACCGUUAUAUUAUCAUCUCCCAAACUCACACGAUCAUCAUCAUCCAAUGCCACUCUCUCUCAUCCGAUCAGAUCUUCCUCUCUCCUCAGCUCAUCCCCUCUCUUCCCCACCCUCUCACUUCCCAAACACCCUCUCACAUCUUCAUCUUCUUCACUCACCAUCAGAGCCUCUUCGCCUUCCUCUUCCCCAUCCACCACACUUGCUGAAGGCAUAAAGAUUAAGUCAGUUCCAACGAAGCCGAUCGAAGGUCAAAAGACCGGGACGAGCGGUCUUCGAAAGAAGGUUAAAGUAUUUAUGCAAGAAAAUUACCUUGCCAACUGGAUUCAGUCAUUGUUUAGUUCGUUGCCGCCUGAGGAUUACAAGAACGGAUUGUUGGUGUUAGGAGGUGAUGGUCGUUAUUUUAAUAAAGAAGCUUCACAGAUAAUUAUUAAGAUCGCCGCUGGGAAUGGGGUUGGUAAAAUUUUGGUUGGCAAGGAAGGUAUUAUGUCAACUCCAGCUGUUUCUGCUGUAAUCCGGAAGAGGAAGGCCAAUGGUGGUUUUAUAAUGAGUGCCAGUCAUAAUCCUGGUGGUCCUGAAUAUGAUUGGGGUAUCAAGUUUAAUUACAGCAGUGGGCAACCUGCACCAGAAUCCAUCACCGACAAGAUCUAUGGGAACACACUUUCUAUCUCUGAAAUUAAGAUGGCAGAAAUUCCAGAUGUUGACCUCUCUAAUCUUGGAGUUACAAAGUAUGGGAACUUCAGUGUCGAAGUAGUUGACCCUGUUUCUGACUAUUUGGACCUAAUGGAGGAAGUAUUUGAUUUUUCACUAAUCAGAAGUCUUCUUGCACGGUCAGAUUUCAGGUUUGUAUUCGAUGCCAUGCAUGCAGUUACGGGUGCUUAUGCAAAACCCAUCUUUGUGGACAAGCUAGGGGCAAGCUCGGAUUCAAUAUUAAAUGGAGUGCCUUUGGAAGAUUUUGGCCAUGGUCAUCCAGAUCCUAAUCUUACAUAUGCUAAGGAUUUGGUCAACAUCAUGUAUGGUGAGAAUGGGCCUGAUUUUGGAGCCGCAAGUGAUGGAGAUGGUGAUAGAAACAUGAUUCUUGGUAGAGACUUUUUUGUUACUCCUUCAGAUUCUGUUGCAAUUAUUGCAGCCAAUGCGAAAGCGAUUCCAUACUUCCAGAGUGGCCCUAAGGGUUUGGCUCGAUCUAUGCCCACAAGUGGUGCUCUUGAUCGUGUUGCUCAGAAAUUGAAUCUUCCCUUUUUUGAGGUUCCCACUGGUUGGAAAUUUUUUGGGAAUCUCAUGGAUGCUGGGAAAUUGUCAAUUUGUGGAGAAGAGAGUUUUGGUACCGGUUCUGACCACAUUCGUGAGAAGGAUGGCAUAUGGGCGGUGUUAGCUUGGCUUUCGAUAAUUGCAUAUCAAAAUAAGGUCAAGAAACCUGGGGAGAGAUUGGUUUCUGUCUCUGAUGUUGUGAAGGAGUAUUGGGCAACAUAUGGAAGGAAUUUCUUUGCUAGAUAUGACUAUGAAGAAUGUGAAUCCGAAGGAGCCAAUAAAAUGGUUGAAUAUCUCAGAGAUUUAGUCUCUAAGAGCAAGUUAGGUGAUAAAUAUGGAAAUUACAGCCUUCAAUUCGCAGAUGACUUUGCCUACACCGAUCCUAUAGACGGAAGUGUAGCAUCAAAGCAAGGUGUUCGAUUUGUUUUCAGUGAUGGAUCAAGGAUAAUCUUUCGUCUAUCAGGAACUGGAUCAGCAGGUGCAACUGUUAGAAUGUACAUUGAGCAAUUUGAGCCAGAUGUCUCUAAACAUGAUGCGGAUGCCCAAAUUGCACUAAAACCAUUGAUAGAUCUGGCGCUCUCUGUAUCAAAGCUGAAGGACUUCACAGGAAGGGAGAAGCCUACAGUUAUCACAUAGAGCAGACACUUCUAUAUUAAUCUCACUUAAUGAAACCUCUAUCAGUAGCAAUGUUGAAGCAGGUCCGGCGUUCCAUCUUUUUUUUCCUGCGCGUUUUAUGUUAUAUAUUCUUUCCGUUCAGUUUUGGUUGCAGUAUUAGCAAUCAUGCUUUGCAGGACAAUGUCCCACAUGUAAAAUUGGUGUAACAUUUCUCCUGGCAAUAAAAUAUAUAUUUUUCGCUGAUA